CUACCACUAUUUGGAAUCUUUCAUUGAUCACCUUGAAUCAGGCUUGGGACCGGAGGUCCAGGCUCGCAUAGGCUUCAAAUGAGAUCUCUGACCCCUACAGAGAUUCGGAUAGCCGAGAUCAGCCAUGUGGUACCAGGGACACUGUCGGGUAAAGGAGCUGUUGACCCAGAGAGCGAUGCUGUUUUUGUCCCGGUACAGCGGGUCAUAGACGGAGUGGUAGAAGUGGACGUCAUCCGCAUAGACUCUGGACCAGGAUACUCAGAGGCCCGUGUAAUUGGUUCGUUCCAAGCACCUGGAGAGAAGAGCGAGUUACUGGACCUGCAUUACUUUUCCGAUGACCGUACGCUUGUUCUCAUCUUGAAACAUGGGGACAUCGCUAUCAUCGCUACGGAGAUGUAUGACGACCGUGACAGUCGGACAUCUGCCGCCGAAGUCGUCGGUAGUGUGGAGAGCGGAAUUUUGGCAGCCGCUUGGUCACCCGAUGAGGAGACACUAGUUCUUGUCACUGGCGACGACAAUCUCGUGACUAUGACGAGGAGCUUUGAUCUUCUACAUGAGGAGCCUUUACGGCAAGCAGACUUUGGAGAGGACAAAUUUGUCAAUGUCGGCUGGGGCUCCAAGACCACCCAGUUUCACGGAUCCCUGGGCAAAGCGGCGGCCAAAGCUCCCGAGGCAUCUUCAUCUUCAGCCUCUCGUCCAGCAUCACUUUCACAUCCUACCGACAGCGGAGAACCUGUCAUUUCAUUCCGAGGAGACGCUGCGUUCUUCGCCGUCUCGUCUCUUGACCCCUACCCAUCUUCUGAUCUCGCUCGGAGGCAGAUCAGAAUAUAUUCUUCGCCUGCUGGCUCAAAGCCAAACCUAUCGGCGACUUCUGAACUAUUACCUGGUCUGGAGGGACCCGUCUCAUGGCGACCCAGCGGAAAUGUCAUCAGCAGUCUGAUUCGAUACGGAUACGAAGGCGGAGGCGCGGGUAACGAAGGCAGAUGGGAAGUUGCAAUGCUGGAGCGAAACGGAUUAAGGCAUGGCGGGUUCCCCCUGAGAGAGGCAAAGGAUACGUGGGAGCAAGGGCGUGUCAAGUGGAUGACAUGGAACUGCGACUCUGAGGUCUUGGCUAUAUGCGUCGAACGAAUAGAUCGCGACGUCGUCCAAUUAUGGACAAUGAAGAAUUAUCACUAUUACCUCAAACAGGAGAUCUUCUGUCACGAAGGGCCGAAUUCUCGGUUGACAGGCGUCUUCUGGCACACUGAGAAGGCUCUGACCCUCUAUCUCGUCGGCGAAGCGACAUUCUCGACCAGGACAUUUGUCUGGGAUACCUACGCUUCGCAUUUGCCAGCUCCGCGGGACACUGCCGCUGUGGCUGUGGUUGAUGGAGAUCGCCUCCUCGUAACGCCUUUCCGAACGCAAAAUACUCCGCCCCCGAUGUCCUCGUACCAGCUCUCUGUGACUUGCACUCCAGUCCAUGUCGCGUUCUCCCCCGAAGAAGAUGCUCUGGUCACAUUGCAUGCCGAUGGGACCGUUCAGCGCUGGGAUUUAAAAAACAGACUACCUGAUACGAAGCAGAAGGGUGGCAAAGCAGCUGACCCGGUUCAAAUCGGCACAUACAAAGUAGCAUUUGAUCAGACCGAAUGGAUCCCAAAGCAGAUUGCUUUCGGGAAUGCAGAAAUCGCCUGUUUGCUGGAUUCGACCACCGAUGCCCCUCAUUCUCGAAUUAUCAGGCUCGUGAACGGCGCGCAGGAGGAUCAAGACGUGCAAGCAUCUGUCUUGGAGAGAUUACUGUCUACCCGCGAUGACAAUUACACUGGCCUUCACAUCGACGGCCAAGUCGUGAGACUCGGCCAAGAUGGCAAUCAGACAUCGACGGCCAUCGAGCUCCCAGCGCAUCCCAUGGCGAUUUCCGUUAUCGAUACUGACAUCGUCCACCUCGCUCAGAAUGGAAAGUUGGUCGCUGCUUCUCUGAGCACCGGGACAGUGCAUGCUCUCGCCAAUGGCGUCACAUCUUUCACCCAUACACCCGAAUACAUCAUCUACACUACAGCAUCUCAAUCCUCGCAUUACGUACCGACUUCCACGCUGGACCGUAUAUUGAAUGGCGAGGAGGUAAACGAAUGGGAGAUACAAUGGGAGACUCGAGCUAUCGAGAGGGGGGCAUUGGCCGUGACUGCUUGCCAGAGCAGUAUGAGCUUGAUACUGCAGAUGCCUCGUGGUAAUCUGGAGACGGUAUAUCCCAGACCACUGGUGCUCGCUGUUGUGCGGCGUAAUGUUGCUAGUGGGCAAUAUCGGGAUGCUUUCAUCACUUGCCGUAAACAUCGACUGGAUCUGAAUCUUUUGCAUGAUCUCGACCCUGAGCAAUUCAUUCGGCGCCUCGGCGACUUUGUGGAUCAGGUCCAAGAAGUCGACUAUUUGAACCUUUUCGUGUCUUCGCUCAAGGACGACAUGACCUCCUUGGAAGCUUUUCCUGACCUCGCCCGUCGAUCCGCAUCAAGUCGAGCUACACAGGGCAAGCUCAACAGGAUUUGUGAUGCAAUUCGCGGGGUAGUAGAACGACGCGACUUGGUCAAAUACACCGAGACCAUUUUAUCGACCCAUGUCUGCAAACAGCCUCCUGAUUACGAAGGCGGCCUGAGCGUGCUAUUACGACUGCAGACGGAUCAUCCAGAUAUCGUUCAAGAUGCUGUCAAGUACAUCAUUUUCCUGUCGAACGUCAAUCAGCUCUAUGACGUUGCCCUUGGCAUGUAUGAUUUCCAGCUCGUCCUCAUGAUAGCUCAAUACUCUCAAAAGGAUCCCCAAGAAUACCUUCCCUUCUUGAAGGAGCUGAGGGCAUUGGACGACUGGGAAAGGAAGUACAGAGUCGAUGAUCACCUUGCUCGACACGAGAAAGCACUAAGGCAUCUGCACAGUGCUGGUCCAAGCAAGUUUCAAGACUCUGUUGAUUACCUCGGCAAAUACGAGCUGUACGACGUCGCAUUCGAGCUUUACAGCAGUGACGCCCAGAGUCUUGCGAUCAUUCAGGAGAUGUACGGAGACCACUUGUUUGACCGACGAGAUUACAACGACGCUGCAUUAGCCUAUAUGCUCGCAGCGAAGACCGACAAGGCGAUGAAGGCUUACGAAAGGGCACAUGCCUGGCGUGAUCUUCUCGCCCUAGCGGUACAGACUCAGUCUUCGGCACAGACGGUUCUCGGGCUCGUGGAUCGGUGUUCUGAUUAUCUUGCCACCCAUGGAAGGCAUGUGGAGGCUGCACAGCUCAUGCUGGACUACACGAAGAAUGUAGAGGGAGCGGUCAAUGUCUUAUGCGCCGGACACGACUUUUCGGAGGCUCUGAGAGUGAUUUCUCUGUAUCGUCGAGCAGACUUGAUCGAGGCAUUCGUUCACCCAGGCCUGGAAGAGGCCCAGGAGAGCUUCCUCGAAGCUAUCGAAGAGAUGCAAGAUCAAUUGGAUAAAGAGGUGAAGCGACUGUCUGAGCUGAAGAUCGUCCGAGAGGACGAUCCAGACGCUUUCUACAUGGUGGACGCGGAGCCCAAUCUGGAAGGAGUGGACGUUGCGACCAAUGCUACGACUGUCGCAACUGCCUUCACGCGGUACACCGCUGCUCCGACCACGGCUUUCUCUCAGUCCUCUCGGCGGACAGGUCGCACCGAUAGGAGUAGGAAUCGGGCGUCCAGGAAACGACCCGCCGGUCGUAAGGGAUCCGUUGACGAGUACGAGUAUCUCGUAGCCAGUAUCGGCCGUCUCGUCAUCCGAGCCGAGGAGAAGAGCAAGGACGCUUUACCCUUGUUACGCCAUUUGAUCUUGGCAUCUCCCGAAUUGAGAGAAUUGGCGGCUGACUUACAAAAUCGCAUACUGUCCUUUAGGAGCGGGUUGGCUGACAGCAUCGACAUCGCUUGGCUCGAUCGAAAGGAUGUGCUGAAAGAAGCUCAGGAGAGUGGAGGAAUGGGCUAUGAUGAGGGCAGGAAGAUGACGGAGGCUUGGAGCUUGGUCAAGCCUGUCAUUGGGAAAUGGGCAGGUGUCGGAACACUUGCAGCCUGAUCGAUCAUGGCAAGCAAUGCCGAUAUGUGUAGCGUACUAGUAGAUACCCUGCAUUAACGAAUCCCUGUCAUGCAUACCAGGCUAAAGCAGAUACAGUCUGCCCUUGUCAGGAACGCUCAGCACCCUUGAUGGUUCUUAGCGCGCCACCGGUCACUUGGAGACCAGCGCAGUAGACGACGCUGGGAUUUAAGUCUCUGUCGAUUCACCAAGACAUUGCAUCCAAAAAUUUUUCCU